CGAAAAGAAUAAAUAGAACACUCACUCAAAAAGCGCAACACAGCAAAAACAUCCCCAUUUGCCGGAGGUCGACAGCGAUGGCUGAUCACGCCGGCGAGCACGACUCAUUUGUAGAAACGGUAAUGGACAAGGUCAACGUCGACAAGUUGCACGUCGCACACCACGAUUCUUCUUCUUCGUCGGAUUCUGAAGACGAGAAUAAGGAUACAAAAUCGCCAGUCGACGCCGUCAAGGCUAAGAUCUACCGCCUUUUCGGUAGAGAAAGGCCUGUCCACAAGGUUCUAGGCGGUGGAAAACCCGCUGAAAUUUUCCUAUGGCGGGACAAGAAAGUUUCUGCUGGCGUGCUUGGUUUUGCCACUGUUAUUUGGGCGCUUUUUGAGUUGCUUCAAUACCACUUGCUCACACUUGUAUGCCAUAUUCUCAUUGUUGCCAUAACAGUACUUUUCCUGUGGUCCAAUGCAUCGGCGUUCAUCAACACGGCUCCACCUCAAAUUCCAGAAGUUGUUCUUCCUAGGGAUAUCGUCCUGGGUGUUGCAUCUGCAUUGAGGAUUGAAAUGAAUAGGAUCCUUGAGAUCCUACGAGAUAUUGCAUCUGGCAAAGACUUGAAGAAAUUCCUUGUUGUCAUUCUGGGCUUGUGGGUAGUUUCUAUAUUGGGGAAUUGCUGGAACUUUCUCACAUUAUUUUACAUAGUUUUUGUAUUACUGCAUACUGUUCCUGUGCUUUAUGACAAGUAUGAGGACAAGGUUGAUGCUUUUGCUGAGAAGGCAGAGGCAGAGAUCAAGAAGCAUUAUGCUGUUUUCAACGACCAGGUUCUUAGCAAAAUUCCAAGAGGUCCACCAAGAGACAAAAGGCUUGCAUAGAGACUAAUAGCGUUUCCACUACGUUCAUACUGGAGUUUUCCAUAUGUUGAGUCCGUGUGUUAGAGCCCUUUAGUUACUGGAUUUGCUUUAUUACGUGUACAAUUAAAUGAGUAUGGCAUUUUUGUGAGGUAGUUUUGACUUCCACAUUUA